UGAACACACAGAAUAAAAAAUCACUCAGUCGCGCCCAAUCUUCUUCUCCAUAAGCACUCAAAUCAAAGUCCAAAACGGAUGGCCGGUGGGAACAACCCUAAGUCCUCCUCAUUUUAUAAAGGCCCUUCUUCAUCUCACCGUAAAUCCCGCUGGGAAUCACCCAGACACCCACCGUCCGAUCGAAAAUCCAAUCCCUCUCCCAAACCUCCCAUCCCCGCCCAAUCUAAACCCUUACCCGACCCGACCCUCGCCCCAUUCACUCCACCCGGACCUCCCUUGCCCUUCUCUGAUCCGCCACCAGCUCCCUUCUACGGUUUCCACAUGCUCGAUCGUCGGACAAUUGUCCUCGCUGACGGCAGCGUCCGGUCCUACUUUGCCCUUCCGCCUGAUUACGAUUUCACUCACCGGUUUUUACGGAACGAUUUGGGUAAUAGGUUUUCGCUGCAAUUGAGUCCCGAAGCGGGAGGGUUUCGUGACACUCGGGAGUUUUGGAGCAAACCGAUUGGCGGUGGUCCCGAUGGGGCGGGACCAAUGAAGAGAAAGUACGGCAAUGACAAGCAAUUUGCGAACCCCAGCGGCGAGGGUUUGGCAGGAACGAGUGGCAAUUUUGAGGAGGAAUUGAGGCCUGUCAAGCUUAUGAGGAAUGGUGUUGGUGGUGGUCAGAGUGUUGUGAAGCAUAGUUAUUUUGAGGUUGAUGAGAUUGCGUUAAAGAAGGCGUUUUUGCAUUUCGUGAAGGCCAUUAAUGAGAAUGUGGCGCAGAGGAAGAGUUAUUUGGAGAACGCGAAGCAAGGACGGCUUCAGUGUAUUGCCUGUCGCAGGUCUUCAAAAGUUUUCCCUGAUAUGCAUGGCCUGAUAAUGCACACGUACAACUCAGAUAAUGCUGACUUGCGUGUGGAUCAUUUGGGCUUACAUAAAGCUCUUUGUGUAUUAAUGGGAUGGAACUACUCAAAGCCGCCUGAUAACUCUAAAGCCUAUCAGUUUUUACCUCCUGAUGAAGCAGCGGCAAAUCAGGAUGAUAUGAUUAUAUGGCCACCCACAGUGAUAAUUCAUAAUACAAUUACAGGGAAGGGUAAAGAAGGGCGCAUGGAAGGAUUGGGAAACAAAGCAAUGGAUAAAACAAUAAGAGAUCUUGGUGUUGGAAGUGGCAAAUCAAAAUCAUUGUAUGGAAGGGAGGGUCAUCUGGGCAUUACUCUUGUAAAGUUUGCUGGUGACCAAUCAGGGCUAAGGGAUGCCUUGCAGUUGGCAGAAUACUUUGAGAAGGACAAUCGUGGACGCAAGGUCUGGUCUCGUGUGCAGCCCUUGAUGUUAGGCAAAGACGAUGAAAACAAUCCAAAUCUUUCUACGGUGGAUCAGAGAACUGGAGAGAAAAAGAGAAUAUUGUAUGGCUAUCUUGGAACUGCUAGUGAUCUGGACAAGCUUGAUUUUGAAACAAGGAAGAAGGUGGCGAUUGAGAGCUGGAGGGAAUUUAAAGUAUCCAAAUAACUUAUGGGUACAUUUUGAGGUAUAUUCUACUGUAUCUUAGCGUAUAAAUUCCAACCUACUUUAUGAAUCGUUGUGGAUGCCUAAUUAUUUUUUAUUUUUGUUGUCUGAUAGUUUGAAAGGUCAUGGGAGCUUAAUGAUCUUUGGUUGUUAUCAGUCUUUGAGGUUAAGAUGUGGCAUCCUCAACAAUUUAUAAUGUUACAAUGUUUGUGGUGCUAUAUUUGAUUGGCAAUAGGCAUCAUUGGUUAAUCUUAAUAUAAGGGUUCCGAGCCACUCUCCUUUUUUCUUAGGA